AUGGAAGAAUAUCUUCCACAGUCCAUUUUCUCAGUAAAAGCGUGCUCGAAAAAACCCAAAGACCUGCGAAUCAUCACACAAUGCAACAAUGGUCCCUGCCCGAUAAUUGCACUACUCAAUUGCUUGAUCGUCCAAGGUCGAAUUGAACAACCCUCGCCCAGCUCGGUAACCGCCGAAGAAAUGAUGACCCAGCUGGGUAAUUUUAUCCUCAACCAAAACAUUCCAGAUGAGAACAAGGAGCUAUUGCUGCAUGCUCAGUCAACUUCCUUAGAAGUUUGCUCCAGUCAACAACUUUUAACAGGCCUGGAUAUCAAUUUAAAAUACCGAGCCGUAGAUGCCUUCGAAUAUACGCCUAUGAUUGAACUCUUUGACUUUCUCAACAUAAAGCUCUUCCAUUGUUGGGUGCCGUCCCGCGAGGAUGACGAGUAUGAAGAGCUAUCGAAGGUCUCUUAUAACGAGCUGGUUUUAUUAUUGUUCGAUGCCGAGAAGCAAAAGUUAAAAGAAUGGUUCACGCAAACAGGAUCACAAGCGACAGAAUACGGAAUAUUCGAAAUGAAAAGCAAAAUGAAGCCUGGAGAAGUCGCCAUACUUUUCCGAAAUAACCACUUUUUUGUUGUCACUCGCCAAGAGGAUACAAUCUUCUCGCUAAUAACUGACCAAGGUUAUCUUCAUUCUCCAGACCUUGUUUGGGAAGAGGUUACUGUCUCUUGCGAUGGAAAAAACGUAAACGCAGACUUUUUAUCGAAGGAAGAACUAAUUGAGGAUGAUGCAAAGUUGGCAAAGCAACUUCAAGAAAAAGAAAGAGAAAGAUUCAAUCAAAACCAGCAGGCUCGUGUGCCUAGACAAGCAAAAGCUCAAAAGCAAAGAGACCGUAACGCUCAGAAAGCUCCGAAGAAUUCAAAAGACAAAGAUUCCGGCUGCAAAAUCAUGUAA